AUGGAGGAACAACAUCGACGCGCCGCUGCGGAGGUGAUCCGCAUUUGCCGGGAGCAGGGGCGCGCCAUCUCCCAGAUGCUGGCUGCGUACACAGUGCGGGCUGUCCUGCUGCAGAACAUGCAGAAGGAGGCCAAGCUGGAUGACACCGCCUGGGAGCAGUGCGUGCGAAGGGGGGUCGAGCUGCUGUCUCGAAAAGAGUCAGCAGCUACAGAGACACUGGCCUUACAAGUGGCUGUUGAUGCCACUUUCCUACGAGAAGGCCAAGCUGUCGAGGCAGAACAAGUCCAGCGAGACCAGACCGCCCAAAGCGCGCUGAACGAGGCAGUGCAGAUCAAGGUCGUGACCGAAAGGGAGGAGGCUGUGGCGCUACAGAAAGAACAGCUCAAGGUGUUUGAGUAUGUCGCGUUGAGAAAUGGGCUCCGAACAGGUUUAGCGGACACUCCAACCACGGCUGUUGCGGAAGCAGAAACGGCUGCCGCCCUGGAAAGCGUUUUCCCGUGGCACAACCUGAGGCGGUGGAUGACAUUUGGCAAGAAUGAGAAAGCGGCACAGCUGCAGGCAACCGCCGAAAAGUUUCCGUUCUCACUACAGGAGCUGGCAACGAUCACGCUGGGUAUCCGGGUCUUAAACAAGUUUCUGGGCAAGGGGGGCGUCGGGUUAGAGAUGGGGGCCAGCCAGUACCAGGCCCGGGGCAGGGCGCUCGCAGAGCGGCUGGACCAAGAGCUGACGUGGGUGGCCAAGCAGAUUGAGCAGGGGACGGCGGUGAUCAAUCACCGGGCGCAGCGCUACCGGACACAAGAAAAGGAGGUGAAGCUGCUCAGGGACGAGCUGGUGUACCGGUGUCAGUACCAGCAAAUGCUCGAGAACGUCGCCCGCGAGAACACGGAGGGCCUCGCCAUUGUGGCGGAGCUCGAAGCCAAGCAGGGCGAGAUGCAGGCCGUACUACAGGCGGCGAUCGGGACCAAGCACGCGGUGCCCAAGGAUACGGUGUUUCCGCACCUACACGCGCUCGGCACGCUCCACACGGUGCUCCUUGAGGAGAUGCGCGUCCUGGAGGCGCGCGAGGGCGCGGCCGGGGAGCUGCUGACGUGGCGGCAGCCGUUCCCGUCUCAGUACGGUUACGCCGACGUGCAAGAGGCGUACGGCCGGAGCGGGACCCCAGCGCCCCUUUUGCUGGACGACGCAGGCCCUCGGACGCCCGACGAUUUGGCGGCAGCCGAGGCAGCGUCCGGCAGUGCGCGCGUGCGGCCAGAUGACAUUCCGGCGGAAGAGGGGGCAGCGAUCGUCCCACAGCUGGCGGGGUUUUGUCCAGUGACGCUGGUCAGGCGGAACGGACUACCGUUACGAGGUAACCCGGGUCUAGGAUACGUCAAGUUCAGCGGGGCGCUAUACUCUUUUCUCGACGGCGACAGCCUGUCCCGCUUUGCCGCCAGUCCAGCUGCAUUUCUGGAGUCGGUCCAUGUCCUGGUCGCCACGCAUCCCCAGCUUGUCAGGCUCUUGGGCCUGCAGAGCUCCUUUCCCUCUCUGAACAUCCGGCAGAUUGCGCAGUCCCUCGCUGCGCCUCUGAAGUGCGACUUCGGCACGCAAACCCCGACGCACUUCGUGGAGAAGCAUUUGGAUCACAAGUACGAGUGGAACGAGUGGGCGCUGCGGCGGCGCGCGCUGCAGCUCGCGAACCUGCGCACCAAAGCCACGCACAGCGCGCAGACGAACCUGAGUCACUUCAGACGAGACGGGGAGACGCAGGUGCGGCUGCCCAAGGAGGCGGCCACGCAGAGUGGGAUUGCUGGGACCAACAAGAUGACCAAAAAGCUCAGACUCAGAGUCCAGAGUUGGAUCAGACUCGAGGGCCGCGGGGGCAUCAUCAAAGAUUCAUCAUGGAUGAAUCCCUCAGCAGAAGUUGAGCACCACUCGCAAGACGCCGCUCCUGCAGAGGGCUGCAUGCGAUGCUAG